CAUGUGCGUCUGAGCAGAGAGCCGCACAGCUAACUCUGUGCUGUGGUCUCAACUUCAACACUUCACCAAGUGAGAGAAAUCUGUGGAUGUGUUUCUCACAGCCUCUCCACAGUCUGCUGCAGAUUGUUGCUUCGUCUGACGCUUCCUUUACAUCCUCCACAUAUGGUGUUUUCUCAGACUCUUCUCCAGCCGGCUGAUAAAGCUCUUAUCACACUUGUUCUCUGCAACAGUGGCAGAACUUUGACCCGGUGAGAAGUCCUUCAUCUCAGCUCCUCCUCCUCUUAGUACAACAGAGCCAAUCAGAAAAUAGUUUUGUGUCUCUUUGGCUUUGAAAACAUAAGGAGAGGGUGAGAGGAGCUACGCUGAAAGAUCUCUCACCAUGAACCGGGCCUGGGCUGCGUUCAGGGCUCACCCGUACAUCAGUAACGUCCUGGGAUACACAACGCUGUUUGCCUCCGCUGACCUCAUUCAACAAAGCGUGCUGGGUGGGAAACACACUGCAGGAUCUGCAUCAGAGGACUCGGCUGGCAUCGACUGGUGUCAGACGGCUCGGGUGGCGACUGUCGGCUUCUGUUUCCAUGCCAACUUCAACUACCACUGGCUCCGUUGGCUGGAGAGGAUGCUGCCUGGAGGCGGAGUGAAGGCAGUGACUGGGAAAGUUGUGGUGGAUCAGCUGGUCGCAGCUCCUCUCACCAUCAGUGCCUUUUAUAUCGGUUUAAGCUUACUGGAAAACAAAGAUGACCCGCUUGGAGACUGGAGGCAGAAAUUCUGGACAUCUUACAAGACCGGAGUGGUAUACUGGUCAACGAUGCAGGCUGUGAACUUUGCCUUCGUCCCCCCUGUGGCUCGGACAGCAUUUGUGGGAGGCAUCGCACUGACUUUCACCAUCUUCUUGUGUCACCUCAGGCAGCAGAGCGGCCACAAACUGGAAUAAACAUGAGAUCCUCGACUCAGUGAUGCAAGUUUUUGUACUGACUGUCUGUGACGUUAGAAAAGGCUUAUUUAAGGGAAGAAUUCAGUUGCACAGUCAUUACAUUUACUGAGAAAACAAAGGAGGAUUCCUAAAUAAGCUAAAGGUCACGUCUCUGUGAAUCAGCUGAUUAGCCCACAUCGGUUUUUGUUCAGCUGUGAUGAGUUUCAACUUCCCCAUCUCCAAACACACUACUGUAUCCAAAUGCGAAUUACAAUGAUGCAAUAGAGUUUAAUCCCUCUGUUAUUCAUGUGGGUGUAAUCUUUUCCUCAGAAAACAGAGAACAACUGAGCCGUUAAAUCCUCAUUUACUGUAACUGCCACAGUUUCAGUGCCUCAUACACUGCAAUAACUUGAUGUUGUCAUACAUUUUUUAACCAAUAAAUGUAAAAUGGGUGUUGUUUA